GGCCCCUGGCUCUGUGACAUCACAGCCCCCGUGUGCCCGGCCAGCUGCAGGAAACAGUCCUGCCCAGGGAAUUGGGCUCCAAAUCAAGAUCAGCUGAUUCAGCACAGCGCCCUUACCGGCAAAGCUGGCAGAGUAAAGGCUUCAACUCCUCUCCAUGGCAGCCCACCAAAACCUGGCCUUGAAGAUUUUCAGCUUAUGCUGCAGAGACUGUGAGGAGCCCCACUCCAUGGAUGACUCCAAGGUCCCCAGUCAAAGCCAAGAGCCUCAGCCAUCGACCUGCAGCUUACAGAAGGAAGAGCUGGCCAGCAAGAAUCCCAAGCGUGCUAACGAAGCCUCCCGCUUGCCUUUGGGACAACCCCUGAUGGGUCCAGAAAAGAGAGCCUCCUCCACCAGCAAUAAUGAGCAUGAGGAAGGGAAUACACAUGUUUCCCCGAGAGAUUUUUACAAGAGAAACCCAACCCGCUACUCCCAGGAUCGCUGGCCAUUCCAGCCGUGCCACACCGGGAGACCCUGAGCGUUCUAGUCCGCUGCUACCAGGCAGGCCUCCGGGGCUGCACGCUGCCAGCAAGGCUCCGGGAGGAAGGGGGCAGCGAGCAGGGGCCAUGAAGACAGAUUCGGAAACUCCCCCCGAGGAGGAGAAGACGUCUGAGCCACCUCUGUGCCACCAGCACCACUGUCGGGGGCAGGGAGGGGGGGCUCCCUCCAAAUAAAGCACUUGGUACAGCA